CUAAAAAGUAAGCGACUUCCGCUUUCGCUUUCAAAUAAUUUCAAGUGUAAACAUGCACUGUCGGUACUGUUAUUGAUAUUUUUGAUACAUACUGGAAAGAGAUUAUGAGAAUGAAGUGUCAAAUUUAGUAGCAACAAAGAUUUAAAGAAAUAAUGAUAAUGGUGUGCUACAUAUUCUGAAAAAAAUGGUAUCAAAUUCAUCAGAAUACAGACGGGAAUAUCGUCCUGCUUCCCUUGUGAAGAACAUUCCAACAUAUUACGAGUCACUUACUUAUCGUCACCACCGCCGUGAACUUGAGUACGCCCACACCCCCAUAUCUUGGGACUUUGAACAAGACAAUAGAAAUGACACACCAUCAGAUGAAGAUGAGAUUCCUGUUAUUAAAUUGAAAAUAGAUGAAGAAGAAAAGGAUGAAAAUGAGGAUGUGAAAAAAGAAGAAGGGAAUGGAUGUAUUGAAGAGGAUAAACAAGAAGAUGGAAAGGAGGAAAUUUUGGAGGAAAAAGCUGUAGAAGUAAAAGAAACAGUGAAUAAAUGUGACCAGAAAAAAUCUGAAGGGAAACCAGAUGUUCUGGUAGAAAGGCAAACUUCAGAGAGCAGAGAAUUGACAAAAUUGGCUAAAGAAAAGCUGAAGAAAUACAGUAGUUCUGAGAAUAAAAAUAUUGGAAAAUCAAAGCCCUCUCAAGAUAAAAAGAAAAUUUCAGAUGAUUUUCUUUCACCUAAACAAGUCGAGGAGAAGGCAUUCGUCAAAAGACCAAAACGACCAGAUAGAAGCAGGGAGCCACCAUCGAGACCUAAAACAGCUGUCUCUGCCUCAGUGCCUCGACCUCUUUCAUCGAACUCUCCCCGACCGUCCUCUUCUGCCUCCUGUGACAGACCCCCUUUCGUCCUGUACGGUAGUGGAGACACCGAGCUGCAAACUGGGAGCAAAAGAACUCACAACGUCCACUGUUCAACUGAUAUCUACCCAGCUGCAGUGAAAGCUCGUCAGCAACAUUACCUACGAGCCAAAAAGUUAGAGGACCUCAGAAAGAAAAUACUCCUGCAGAAAAGGAAACAGAAGAGCAGCUUUUCCAGCAAGCUCGCCAAGGAAACCACGGCUUGGAGGAGCGAGUACCAGAACCAAUAUCCCACCUACGACAAUGAAGAAUACGCCAGGCGGUUACGAGCCAUUGAUUCGGCCAGGGCGCGGAAAGUCAAGUGUGAUCUUUAGAUCUUAUGCAAAUGUUGUAAAGAGCAAGGACUGAGUAUUGAUGGAAAAUCUUAUGCUGCAAGUUCUUUGUUAAUGUUAAUACCAUAGAAAGAUGUGUCACUACUUAAUGGGGUUGACAUGAUUGAUAUUAAUCAGUACUGAGGCAGUUACCGUCCAUACUUAACAAAUUAGUUUUUCAGUUACAGUAGUGGACUCAGCAUAAGUGGUCUCUUUUGCUCUAUUUGUACCUUUUGUUGCCAAACACCUAGGAACCUGUACUUGGAGUGCAAGUACAAUAAUGUAGCUACCCUCAGUAUUUAUGAAGAGAUUUUUUUUUGGCAAGAAAUAUAUUGGGGAUCUUUUAUAUUAUUUUAUUGUUAAGGCUUGAUGACAAAAAAAAUUAAACAUAUUGAUUGUACGUGUGACUAUUUUUUGGCAAAAAAUUAGAGUAAAAGUAAGUUAUUUACAAAUGUACUAUUUUUAAAACAUGAUAUAUUCAGAUUUAUACGUCACACUUCCAUUGUAGUAAGAAAUACUUAUAGUUAUUUCUUACGUACAUGUACGAAUGUCAGAGAUGAAACCAGUGUUGUUUUUUCUUUUUAUAUGCACUUUUUUGCUUUUCACUUUUUCUUUGCUUAUGGUUAUUUUUUUUUAAUGUAAAAUUUCGAGCUCCCUCUUGAAGAAAUGUUGACUGGUAACUUAAUAAAUUAGUUGCUGGAUGAAUUUCUGUAAUUCUGUCUGCUACUGUUAUAGUGAUCUGUGUUUUAAAACAAAAUCAUUUAAGAAAUUGCAUGGCUAUAUACAUGUACAUUGGACAUAUGACAGAAAAUAUACACGUCUUUGUUGUCUGAAAUGAAAUUUAUUCUCUCAUAUUUCACAUAAUUUUCUAAAAUGAAAUUCAUUCUCUCAUAUUGGCGAUGAUAUUGCACAUAUUUAUGUGAUAUACAUAGGCUGAAUCUGUACAGUUUUGUUAUUCGUGACACAGUGAUAAACGAAACAAUAGUGAUGCUCUUUAAUUGAUCUGUUUCAUGGACCCUCUGACAGUUUAAAGUUGUUGAUAUUGAAUCUUUUAGAGAAAUGUGUUAGUAGUCCGUUGUUGAAGACUGAGGUUUGUUUAUUGUCGUACAUGUUUUUCUUUUAGAAAUAAAAUCUGCUAGUCAGUUAUGAA